AUGGAUUCGUCUCCUACCAGGACGGCUCUUGCUCCUCAUGCAGGCAUGAAGCGUCCUGCCUCGUUGUUGCCGGCUUUCGAGCCAUUGAGCUCAUCCCCCUCCCUUCCUCGGCCUCAAAAGCGUGUAGCACGCGAAAGCGCGGUGUCGACCUAUCCUGACCCCCGUCCCAACUUCCUCAACUCAUAUAAUGUCGUCGUCCCCCCCCGGGUGCUGGUGCACGCUCUUCAACGCGUCAGUGGGGAGCCUCUCUUGAUGGGCCGCUCAAGUGCUUCGUGCCAGCAUCAACUCCCUGCUAGUCGUAUGAUCUCUCGUGUUCAUGUGAAAGCCACUUAUAAACCAGCCCCAAACCCGUUUGAUCGUGACUGCGUGGAAAUUAUGUGUCUGGGAUGGAAUGGCAUCAAAAUCCACUGCCAAGGCAAGAAAUAUGAUCUGGCAAAGGGAAAGACGUUCACGUCGGAUAUAAAGGAUGCAGACAUUAUGAUCGACGUUCAUGAGGCACGUGUCUUGGUGCAAUGGCCGCGUAAUGAAGCUGACAGGAAGGACUGCCCCUCGACGGAUUCGGAGCAGACAUGGGACGAGCCUACUCCUACCCAGAAGAGCACUACCCGGAGGGUACUUCAGGAUAGCCCUUUCGUGGAAAACAGACGUCUAGCGUCCCCUGUCUCCCCGUCGCCUGCUGUUCAGCGCGCUAUCCCCCCGUCGUCGCCCAUCUUCACACCCUCCCGCUCUCGUGCCGCUGUCGUGGUAUAUGAAGAUGAGCCUUCCCCUCUGAAGCGCCAUAACACUGUCAUUGACCUCUGUUCUCCAAGUGCUCGUCGUGCGAGUGCAAUUCUCCAGAGUGACAUCUCGAGGGUCGAGGAAGAUUCUGAUAAUGAUGAGGAAAAUGACCCUAUUGUUCACUCUUUUGAUGAUUCGCCUCUCCGCUCUGCUCGGUCACCACAGUCUCUUCUUCCAGCCCAGCCCCUCAAGUCUACUCAUUCUCGCCAGUCUUCAAACCUUUCGAAUAUCUCCAGCCAUUCCCGCCAGUCUUCUCGGGCCGAGAAAGAAUCUACACCCGACAAUGGCCGAUCCAUACUUGAUGAUGAGAGCUUUGCUCGAGUCCGCAACCACGCGGUCAACCAAUUGGCUUUUUCCCGACUUUCAUCUACUCCGUUCUCUACCAUCCUGAACAACCUCCCGCCGUCAUACUGGAAGUCCAGUGCGAGCAGCGGCUCUGGGCCCGCUCGGUCUGAGAUUCGCUUCAUCUUGGAAAAUACCAAGUGUAUCGGCAAAGUUGCUCGUGAGGGCAAGGAUGCUGCCGGAAAGCCUCUUGAAAGUGAGUAUUAUUACUUGCCAGAUGAAGACGAGGACGAGAUGCGUCGCGAGACCGUAGUGAACAAUCUGCGGAAGCCCGGUCUUCGCAAUUGUCGCAAACAGCACAAGCAAUACUUCUGGCGCAAGCCUAAAUAG